ACGACAAAAGAGACCAUUGUUGCGGUGCCGGUGGAGAAACCAGAAAAGAAAAAAGAUAAACAGAGGCAUCAUGUAUAAUCGAUGAUGCUGGUUCGUCGAUCCAUACGUGGGCAAAGCUUACGCAAACUCACUAUAUAAUCUGCAUUCUGUCAGACAUUGACUGGUUUUCAUUUCUCUCUUCCAUUUCCUAACAAAACAACAACAAAGAGUAUCCCAAGCUUUUCUUGGACGAACCAAUUUUCAUUCAAUUUCUCAUCUUCAAUUAAUUUAUACACUUAUUAUACCGUCUUUAUUUCUUUCUCUCGAAGUUAUUAUUUUCGUUUUUUCCGAAUUUUUUGUUUUUCAAUCAAAUCUUAUGUCAGUUUUUGCAUGAAGAUUCCAAGUUAAUCGAGAAAUCUGUAAUUUGAAGCUAUUUAGCGAUGGCGAUCUCGGAUUCGCCACCGACUGAGCAUGUUGAAUCCGUUCGUAGGCGAUUAAACGCGACAGGAAUUGAUAGUUUUAAAGCCUCGACUUCUUCUUCGACGAUGAUGGAGGAAUUGGAGAGUUUGAAGAAAGUUUCUAAUGGCGGUGAUUUUGAUAUGAUUGUUGAUGAAAAAGAAAAUUGUCAACAGAAUAAUUCCGAGAAAGUUGCUGAUGGCGGUGGAGUGCAAGGUUUUGAAUAUGCGGUUAAGUAUUCGUAUCGACCAUCGGCACCGGCUCACCGGAAGGUUAAGGAGAGUCCUCUCAGUUCUGACGCCAUUUUCAGACAGAGUCAUGCUGGUCUCUUCAAUCUUUGCGUGGUGAUACUUGUUGCUGUAAACAGCCGGCUUAUCAUCGAAAAUCUGAUGAAGUAUGGUUUACUAAUACGAGCUGGUUUCUGGUUCAGUUCAAAGUCGUUAAGAGAUUGGCCUCUUUUUAUGUGCUGCCUUUCACUUCCACUUUUUCCACUGGCUGCUUUCUUGGUAGAAAAGUUGGCUCAAAGAAGGCGUAUAUCCAAUCGGGUUGUCAUCCUGCUUCAUACAUUAAUAGCCACGAUUUGCAUUUUAUAUCCAGUUUUUGUGAUACUCAGGUGUGAUUCUGCUGUUCUUUCGGGUGUUACAUUAAUGCUAUUUACUUGCACCACGUGGUUAAAGUUGGUAUCAUAUGCCCACACAAGCUACGAUAUGAGAGCAAUCGCUCAAUCAUCUACUAAGGAGGAUGCAUUAAAGGCGGAUUUCCCUUAUGAUGUCAACUUCAAGAGUCUGGUGUACUUCAUGGUUGCUCCAACACUAUGCUUCCAGCCAAGUUAUCCUAGGACUGCUUAUAUUCGAAAAGGAUGGGUGGCUCGUCAAGUUUUGAAACUGGUGAUUUUCACUGGAGUCAUGGGGUUCAUCAUAGAACAAUAUAUCAAUCCCAUUGUACAGAAUUCACAACAUCCUCUGAAAGGGAACUUGUUGUAUGCCAUUGAAAGGGUUUUAAAGCUCUCAGUCCCAAAUUUGUAUGUGUGGUUGUGCAUGUUCUAUUGCUUCUUCCACCUCUGGUUAAAUAUACUGGCUGAGCUUCUUAAAUUUGGUGACCGUGAGUUUUAUAAGGAUUGGUGGAAUGCAAGAACGUUUGAAGAGUAUUGGAGGAUGUGGAAUAUGCCUGUACAUAAAUGGAUGGUUCGCCACAUUUACUUUCCCUGCUUGCGCAAUGGAUUACCAAAGGGUGUUGCAGUAUUGAUUGCCUUUCUUUUAUCUGCCAUAUUUCAUGAGCUGUGCAUUGGCGUCCCUUGCCAUAUUUUCAAACUUUGGGCUUUUCUUGGCAUUAUGUUUCAGGUUCCCUUGGUCUUGCUGACAAAUUUUGUGCAGAGGAAGUUCCAGAACUCGAUGGUUGGAAAUAUGAUAUUCUGGUUCAUCUUCAGCGUAUUUGGUCAACCAAUGUGUGUUCUCCUUUAUUACCAUGAUCUGAUGAACCGCAAAGGCAAAUUGUCAUGAUACUUUCCAACUGUAAAAAAAGUACGUCAAAUGGGUAAAACGCAAUGAAAGAAGGCUCGUGCUUGCAGAGAUCCCUAUUACCAUUCUAUUUCAAGCUACUAUAUAAAUGUUGGUUCAUGCUAAUACCUCAUGCCAAGUGAGUCGUAUUUCAAGCAUUUAUUUUCUGUAUUAGCAAUUUUGACUCCCGAAUCACGUGCCCCCUUUGCAAAUCGAGUCAUAGACAUAUUCAAUCGAGAUAAGAAGCUUUCAUUUAAAUUUGUACAUGAUGUGUUCUUGUUUCUGUUUGAUUUCAGAGUUCGAGUAAUUUAGUGCUUAAUUGAUCAACUUAUAUGAAGUUAUCAUGUAAAGUUCUGGAUUGCUAUACAUUAUAAAGAUAUUAGAUUUUCAGGCAAUAUGCUGCCGUGGUA